AUGUAUGAUAAGUUCCCGUCCCUGUCGCUCAAGUUCACAACGCAAUACCUCAGGAACAAUAGUGGAGAAAGCAACGCGCUCGGCGUUUCACCAGUGCUGGCAUCAAUAGCAGCCAUGUCGGCGCUGCUGGCUACAGCAGUGUGCGGGGUCCUAGCCGUCCUGUAUAGAAGACACGCCGCGAGACACAGACAUUUGCCCGCCAAACACGCACCUUUGAGUGAAGCAAUGUACGUGGAGCGGGCUGGCCACUGCCCCACGCCGGUGAAGCACGAAGUGGAAUCCCGGGCCAGCAGCACGGAACCCCGGGGAGACGGCUUCGGGGCGCGCGGGGCGCUUCUACACGCUGCCGACCCCCGGGACAAUGAUGACGCUGACCCGGAUAUCAUACCUUGUUUAUACGAGCGGCGGCCAGUCUCCAACGGCUACAUGAGCCUGCAGCGACCGCCGUCCACCAGCAAGCUGCCCAAGCUGGGCGAGGACGUGCGCUCCGAGCCCGACGGCGGCGCCUACUUCACAGACUUCAGGAAGAAGGACUAUAGGAUACCUUUAACUAGUUCAUAUCAUAGCUUAGGGCGCGUGAACAAGGGAGUGAACGCGUGUAGUCCCAGUUCGGCGGGUGGAGUGACGUCAUCGCUCACGGCCCACCGUCUGCGGCCAGAGGUCGUGACGACCUCACAUCGAGUCCAAGAGAGCUGUAUAUAAGAUAUCCCUCCGAUGUAUAUAGUAAAUUAAGCAUUGGCGGUGCAGCGAUUACUGAUAGUGCAGGUUAGUAAAUGGCUAUGAUUUGUGUAAGGCUAGAGAAAUACAUUGA